AAAAAAGGACGGCCAUUCCCUGCACAAAUAUAUAGUGAACUAAGAUGGGCACACAACCUGCAUCCACCAAUGGACAUGUUCCACACAGCAACGCAGAUGUCAAAAAGCAAAAGUACGCUGAUUUGGAAAGUGACAGUGCUAUGGAUUUUCGGUUUGGAUACAGAAAGUAUCGCCCCAAAUGGAUGCAGAUUUUCAACAACCCUAAAUGUCUGUGUGUUUUACUCAGCGCCUUUACCUUCAUACAGAGUUUUGUCGUGAACGGCAUAAACAACGUAAAUACGACGUCAUACGAGCGACGGUUCGGUCUUCCCAGUUCUCGUGUCGGAAUCAUCUCUAGCGCCUAUGAUAUCUCUGCUGGAAUUCUCGUCCUGCCAAUCACCUACUAUGCCCUGCGAGGCCAUAAACACAUGAUGUUAGCGGUGUCGGCUGGAGUUAUGGCCCUUGGCUCGCUUCUCAUGGCGCUGCCUCACUUCACAACUGGGCGGUAUGAGUGGGGUGAAGGGUCAACGAAUAUGUGCCCUACAGGCAACGCUACGACUUGUAUUCAGACGAACAACGCGGAUCUAUCUUAUUACCUAUAUGUAUUAGUUCUAGGACAGCUACUGCACGGGUUUGGGGGCACUACUUUUUAUGGCGUUGGUAUUUCCUGCAUGGACGAUUGUGUGUCUGCCAAGAAUUCCCCGGUAUAUGUGGGUAUUUUAUACGCCUUCAGCGCUUUAGGACCUGCCGUCGGUUAUUUACUCGGGGGCUAUCUUGUGGAUAUAUACGUGGAUUUUGAAACUGUUUCCAGUGUACCACUUACCACAUCGGACCCAGGUUGGGUAGGAGCGUGGUGGCUGGGAUUCCUUAUCUCCAUGGUGAUGGCGUUGCUGUUGUCUGUCCUUCUGAUGGGUUUACCCCGUGAGUUACCUGGAGCCCGGGAGAUCAGAGCCACGCGUGUUUCAGAAGCUCACCAAUCCGGUAAGGGAAAAACGAAGACACCUGGAUCUUCUUUCAAGGAUCUGCCCCAGGUCACUAUGAUGCUGCUAAAGAACCCCACGUUUAUGUUAAUGGCCCUGGCCGGAUCUUCCGAGAACCUCGUCGUCAGCGGCUUCUCCACAUUUACCGCUAAGUUCAUCCAGAACCAGUUCGGACAGACCGCCGGCUUCUCGGCUAUUUUAAUGGGUGUAAUGGCGGUUCCUGGUGCUACAGGAGGCUUCCUUCUCGGUGGGGUGAUUUGCCGAAAGUUCCAGUUCACAGUCCGCGGGAAUCUGCGACUGUGCGCAUGUGUGUCACUGCUCUCUAUGGCAGCGGCAGCGACGAUGUUCGCCAGAUGCGAUGAGACAAAGAUCGCCGGAAUUUCUGUCUCAUACGAGAACGGGAGAGUUAUCUUCCUGUUUGUGGUCCAAAUGGAGUGCAGUACUUCUCGCCCUGUCACGCGGGAUGCAGCGAGAAUGUUGGAGAGCUGUAUAAACAGUACGUCCUCCGUCAACCAGACCGCCGUGAAUGGAGUCUGUGAAACGAACUGUCCAAUGCUCUAUUUCUUCCUACCCAUGUUCUUCAUCGUGAUGCUGCUGACUUUCGUGGCCGCUACACCUCUUACGAUCAGCACCUUGCGAUGCGUGCCGGUGACACAUAAAACGUUCGCAGUGGGUGUAAUGUGGGUGUUUGUUCGCUUUUUGGGUGUAAUGGCGGUUCCUGGUGCUACAGGAGGCUUCCUUCUCGGUGGGGUGAUUUGCCGAAAGUUUCAGUUCACAGGUCAGCGGGAAUCUGCGACUGUGCGCAGCCAUACGGCGCCAUCCGUGCCUGACCUCUCGUCCAGCUGUAAUGUCGACUGCCACUGUUCUCAGGAGAGUUAUCUUCCUGUUUGUGGUCCAAAUGGAGUGCAGUAUUUCUCGCCCUGUCACGCGGGAUGCAGCGAGAAUGUUGGAGAGAACUACCACUCAUGCAGCUGUAUAAACAGUACGUCCUCCGUCAACCAGACCGCCGUGAAUGGAGUCUGUGAAACGAACUGUCCAAUGCUCUAUUUCUUCCUACCCAUGUUCUUCAUCGUGAUGCUGCUGACUUUCGUGGCCGCUACACCUCUUACGAUCAGCACCUUGCGAUGCGUGCCGGUGACACAUAAAACGUUCGCAGUGGGUGUAAUGUGGGUGUUUGUUCGCUUUUUGGGAACAGUCCCCGGGCCUAUUUUCUUCGGCGUAAUCAUCGAUAGUGCCUGUGUGAUAUGGAAGAAAAGCUGCGGAAGCUCUGUGAACGAAUCUUGUUGGAUUUACAACAAUGAAACCAUGGGGAGAAACUUUUUUCUAGUUGCUCUUGGUGUGAAGUUUUUAUCAACAUUGUUGUUCGGUCUUGGUAGCAUUGUCUAUAAAGCGCCAUCUAUAAACAAGGAGAAUAACCUUGACAUUGCUACAAUAGAAGUUGAGAGCAAUAGAUCCAAAGUUACUGACCCACUAAGUAAUACUGAAUCAUAUAGAAGCCUCAACUCAGAGAAAAUGGGAGUUGACAAUCCAGGGUACUUGUCUUAA